UUUGUCCUCGAGACCCUUAUACAUGCCAAGGAAAAGCCGACCAUGCUGCAGUGGAUAGAGCUACUGACCAAACAGUUUAACACAUGUCCUUCAGCGUGUGAGUGGUUCCUCGACCACAUGGCCGAGAGUGACUGGUGGCCGAUACAGAUCCUCAUCAAGUGUCCAAACCAGAUGGUCAGACAGAUGUUCCAGCGACUGUUGAUACAUGUGAUCUCCCAGUUACGGUCAGCUCACAUGGACUUGUACCUACAGCCGUUCAUUGAGGGUGACGACGGUGAGAUAGAUGUAUCGGAGUUGGGCACCAAGUCCUGUGUGACCAGGUUCAUCAAGAAGAUGCUGACAAUUAUUGAGCAUGGUGUGCGUCCCCACAGUAAGUACCUGACUGAGUACUUUGCCUUCCUGUUGGAGUUUGCAAAGAUGGGAGAUGAGGAGUGUUUCUUCCUUAUUAACAGUAAUGCCAUCUCUACUAUGAUUGGUUUCUACAUGGGACAGAAGGCUCAGGAAAACUAUGUGGAGAUCCCAUCAGAUGAUGAGGAGGAUGAGGUGAUUACAAUCACUGAUGAUAACUAUAAGCCAAUGUCACUGGAAAAGAUGAUCACACUGAUAGCUCUACUGGUGGAGAAGUCUCGUAGCGAGGACAACCAGCUUCACAUUUCUGAUAAAGACUAUAACUCUGUUAUUGGAGGAAAG